UAAAAGGCCGGCUCGCAGCAGCUAAUCGCCACUGUCAUUUCCUGUUUGGGGCGCUACUGUAGGUGGAGCGGCCAAGAUGGCGUCGACCAGCCGUUUGGAUGCUCUCCCAAGAGUCACAUGCCCAAAUCAUCCAGAUGCAAUUUUAGUUGAGGACUAUAGAGCUGGUGACAUGAUCUGUCCUGAGUGUGGCCUGGUUGUAGGUGACCGGGUUAUUGAUGUAGGAUCUGAAUGGAGAACUUUCAGCAACGACAAAGCAACAAAAGACCCAUCUCGAGUUGGAGAUUCUCAGAAUCCUCUUCUGAGUGAUGGAGAUUUGUCUACCAUGAUUGGCAAGGGUACAGGAGCUGCCAGUUUUGAUGAGUUUGGGAAUUCUAAGUAUCAGAACCGGAGAACAAUGAGUAGUUCAGAUCGGGCAAUGAUGAAUGCUUUCAAGGAAAUCACUACCAUGGCGGACAGAAUCAACCUUCCUCGGAAUAUAGUUGAUCGAACAAAUAAUUUAUUCAAGCAAGUGUAUGAGCAGAAGAGCCUGAAGGGAAGAGCUAACGAUGCCAUAGCUUCUGCCUGUCUGUAUAUUGCCUGUAGACAAGAAGGCGUUCCGAGGACAUUCAAAGAAAUAUGUGCUGUAUCACGAAUUUCGAAGAAAGAAAUCGGUCGCUGUUUUAAGCUUAUUUUGAAAGCUUUAGAAACCAGUGUGGAUUUGAUUACGACUGGGGACUUCAUGUCCAGGUUCUGCUCCAACCUUUGUCUUCCUAAGCAAGUGCAGAUGGCAGCUACACAUAUCGCCCGGAAGGCUGUAGAAUUGGACCUGGUUCCUGGGAGGAGCCCCAUCUCGGUGGCUGCAGCUGCUAUUUACAUGGCCUCACAGGCAUCAGCAGAGAAAAGAACGCAGAAGGAAAUUGGAGAUAUUGCUGGUGUUGCUGAUGUUACAAUCAGACAAUCCUACAGACUAAUCUAUCCUCGAGCUCCAGAUCUCUUCCCUUCAGACUUCAAGUUUGACACCCCAGUGGACAAACUACCACAGCUAUAAGCUGAGGCAGUGAGCGUCGCACUCUUAUAUACAUGGAACUCUGUACAUAGCCUAUACACAGUUCUAGUUGAGCCUUUAAUGAGGGAAAAGGGAGAUGGUACGCAUUCCAGGGCUAAUUAUUAUUGCUUAGCAUUCUGUAUGUAUAUACUAGUGCAACAUAUUUAAUGAUUUAAAUUUCUUACUGAAUUUGCUUUCUUUUGUAGUGAUCUAGGAAACUGUAUUUUGGAAGAUAUUUGAAAUAUGUAAUUCUGAAAUAAAACAUUUUUCAAAACUGAAGUUUUUUUUCAAUUUUAAUAAAGUCACAGAGCUAGCAAAAGCUUGAGAACCAGUGUUAACAUCUGCAGCAUAUUUCUCUAGUUUGAAGAAGUGUGUGAGCAUAUGUAAACCACACACAUGUAAAAAGUUAUCAGAAAUGAUGAGCCAGACUUGAAAUUCACAAGAUAGAAAAACCUUUUUGUCAGUGAAUCUAUUGAGCAGAAAAAUGACCCCGGAAAGAAAAUAACAGCCAUAAAAACAUUUAAAUUUGGAAUGUUAAUAAAUCAUUUUGUAGAACCA